GCUGGUCUGGUCUCCUUUUCCCCACUCAGCAGAUGGUUCUAACAGGUUAGCUUAGAUCUUCACAAAAAAAAGCAAUAGAGAAAGAGGGAAGGGCUGUGGACUGGCCCUCUGUCCCAGGAACCAUGUGGGGAAGGGGAAUGAAUGCAAAUGACCUUAAUUCUCUUUUCCUAAAGCAGUCAUCACUCCCUCCCUUUGCUGACUGCACAGCCUUCUUGUCCUUCCUGCCCUCUCAGAAUUCAACAGCCAAACCCACAAUUGUCAAAGAGUUUUGACAGUAACCCUGAUGAAAUGCAUUCCACCCACCUUUCUGAAAACACAACAAACAACUCAAAAACCAAAACCAGCUCCUUUAAAACCCCCUCUGCCACUACAUGAGUAUGCACACGCGCACGCGCACACACACACACAGAAACACACACACACACACACACACACCCCACACGUGUGUGCACAAACGCACAAUUGAAUAUAUUUUGUGAGUUAAUCCUCUUACGUUCAAUUCCUUACAUCUGUCAGAGGUGUCUGGCCACCAUGUUCCAUCCCUAGCCUCAUCCUUGUCUCACUAUGUUCACCUUUCUACUAACAUUCGAUUCUUCCCGUCCACAGCAAACUUCACAGGCAGGCUGCCACUCCCAACAACGACACAACAACGACACAACAACAACAAUUUUUUAAUAUCCAUGGAUGUGGCUUUGAAGACAAAAUUCAGGAAAGUGACCCAUCUAAUAAGCAUACACCUAGAAACUAUUAAGCUGCUUUAUCUAGAGGCAAACUGUUCCAUUCAAAUCCUCCCUCUGGCUGAGGAAUAAAUUCUGAUAUGUUUUCCAGAAAUUACCUAAUUACUCCAAAUAUGAAGUUUAUUUUGUUGAGCAGAUAUUUCUUGGAUAAGGAGCGAAAAAGAUUAGUGAGGCCUUAAAGAUUUGCUGGAAAUUAUUAGUUACUUGUAAGAACCGGAAAAAGUUCAUUUUUAUUUAGUUUUCUAUGAAAACCAAGAGUAACAAAAUACCCAUGUUAGAGUUCUAAAAUUUAACUAUUUAAAACCCAAGAUAGUCUUUAAUUACGUAGUCAUAAAACUAUCUUUUAGAGCCAGAGCUCCAAGGGUUUACACAUUUGCUUUUGUUUUCAUAAAUGUGACAUGAAAAAUACAUGACAAACCAGUACAACAAAUAUUUAUGACAGAAAUAUGUUUGUUAUGUUGAAAAGGGAGACAGAGACUUCCUCAUUUUACACUUGAAACUCAGAGAAAAAGGCUAGGGGAUGUAGCUUAGUGGUAAAGUGCUUGCUUAGCAUAUGCAAGGUCCUAGCUUCAAAUGUUAGUAACACACACACACACACACACACACACACACACACACACACACACACGUGCACGCACAGCAAAAAUAAUCUGUCCAAGAUACAAAACCAAAAUCCUCUGGGAAAACAAAAACCAACCAAUCAAGCCAAUAAAUCUCCCCAUGCAGAGUCACUAGCACUAUGUCCUUGCUGUGUUGUUUUUUCACGUUUUUAUUCUUUUUAAGCAUGGGCUAACAGCCUCAUCUACCUUUUUAGCUUUCUUUCCAAGUGUGUCUCCAGUCUUCUGACCCACUCCUGUUCUGCCUGCUCUGCUUUGCUCUGCCUUGUACCUUUCGAACCACAAGUCUUUUCAGUUCUCUUAGUUUACACCCCUCAACUUCAGCAGCCCUCCCCCUCUAUCCCUUUCCCGGUUUAAACAAAAACAAACACGCAGUGGUGAUGCUGGACUUGGUCGGAGAAGCCUCGUGAAGGAGGUGUGUCUUUAGGCUUGGAAGGGGAGGGGCUAGCCUGUGGGCAACCUCUCCCGCCCUGGUCAGCAGCCAAAACCAGCAAAACUGCGUGCAGCAAGUCAGAAGCUCCAGUCAGAUCACAGGAGCUGCCCAGAGACUGUGGUACUGAAAGAGCUACUCGCGGGAGCUGACUCCGGGAAAGAGGUACUGAAAAGACCUAAGAAACAAGCUGUGGUGGAGGCUCUGACCUGAAGGCGUCCUGGUGGGCACCAGAACUCCAGGAAAAAGUAGAAUAAGUAGCAUCCAGGGGACACAGACCAGGAACAGUCACUAGAAGAAUCUAUAGAUGGCAAAAAUGUACAUGAAAUCCAAGGAUAUGGUGGAGCUGGUCAACACACAAUCCUGGAUGGACAAAGGUCUGAGCUCUCAAAAUGAGAUGGAGGAGCAAGAGAGAAGACCAGGGUCUUAUGGAAUGCUUGGAACCUUAAUGGAAGAGCAUGACAGUAUUGAAGAGGAGGAAGAAGAGGAAGAAGAUGGAGAUAAGCCUAAAAGAAGAGGCCCCAAGAAAAAGAAGAUGACUAAAGCUCGCCUGGAAAGGUUCAGGGCUCGAAGAGUCAAGGCCAAUGCUAGAGAACGAACCCGGAUGCAUGGCCUGAAUGAUGCCUUGGAUAAUCUUAGAAGAGUCAUGCCAUGUUACUCUAAAACUCAAAAGCUUUCCAAGAUAGAGACUCUUCGACUGGCAAGGAACUACAUCUGGGCCUUGUCUGAAGUCUUGGAAACUGGUCAGACACUUGAAGGGAAGGGAUUUGUGGAAAUGCUAUGUAAAGGUCUCUCUCAGCCCACAAGCAACCUGGUUGCUGGAUGCCUCCAACUGGGGCCUCAAUCUGCCCUCUUGGAGAAGCGUGAGGAAAAAUCUCCAAUUUGUGACUCUACUGUCUCUGUCCACAGCUUCAACUAUCAGUCUCCAGGGCUCCCCAGCCCUCCUUAUGGCCAUAUGGAAACACAUCCUCUCCAUCUCAAGCCUCAACCAUUUAAGAGUUUGGGAGACUCUUUUGGGAGCCAUCCACCUGACUGCAGUACCCCCCCUUAUGAGGGUCCACUCACACCACCCCUGAGUAUUAGUGGCAACUUCUCCUUAAAGCAAGAGGGCUCCCCCGACUUGGAAAAAUCCUACAACUUCAUGCCACAUUAUACCUCUGCAAGUGUAAGUUCAGGGCAUGUGCAUUCAACGCCCUUCCAGACUGGCACUCCACGCUAUGAUGUUCCUGUAGACCUGACCUAUGAUUCCUACCCCCACCACGGUAUUGGAACUCAGAUCAAUACAAUCUUCUCCGAUUAGAGCAAUAAGAUAACCACCAAAAUUUCAGAGAAUGAAAUGGAGAUGUUUUCCAUGUUUCUGGUGGCUGAGCUAAACUCUCAGAGAAUUUCAAAGAACCUUGAUAGACAUCAACAUAGUGGUCCCAGUUUGUUCAGAACUCUCUGUAUCUGCUAACUUUCUUCUCGUUAACUCCUCACAUUGGACCUGUCUUAUAUUUGGGAUCCUCAAGUGAACAUAUUUGAUGGUUUGGGGCCACAUAGUAAUAGAACAGAGAGCCUAGGCUCUGCUCCAGUGGUGCCAAAGACUGACUGGAUGCUCUGCCCAUUAACUUUCCAUUUCCAGUGUUUGUUGCUUUCUAAUAAAUAUGAAGCAACUGUUCUAAAUCAACAUAUACCUUUCAUCUCUUGUACAUUUUUAAAACUGAAAAGCAAUAAAAGGAAACAGCCUAAAUGAAAUGAUUAUACAGAACUGAAAGGGCCAUCAGGUAUAUGUCUGUUGGCUUAUAGAACACAAAAUUUGUGUGUUUGACAACUCAUCUUUGUGUCUAUUUAACUAUAACUUCUAGAGCCUAAAAUAAUAACAUGGAUGUUACCAUAAAUAGCCAAGAAUGUUCUUGAAGAGAUUAGCUCUACUUCUUACUGUGCCGAAAGGUAUCCACAAACUUUUUAGUGAUUGCAGAGCCAGGAAAUAAGCCUCAUACAAACUUUGUUCUUGAUACUAUUUAAAAAACAACUGUCUUAGUACUAGGAGUCAAGCAAGAGAGAAUUGAGAUUUCUGUUCUGUGACACAGAAAUAUCACCCAGCUCAUUUCUUAGCUUCUAAGAACUGAAGGGCUGUGGGAAUUUGGGUGUUCAGGUGCUUCAGUUAGAAUCAGAACUCAGCCAGGUUCAGUCUGUAGAGCAAUAAAAUGGUGGUUGGCUGACACCCAACUAACACAUGAAGGACUCUGCCUCACAUCUAACCACUGGGGAAAAUCUGGAUUUUCUCUAGCAAGAUGAAUUUCACUGUUUAAAGUGAUAUGAUUACAGCCACAGAGUUUUGUCCACUCCAGUACCAUGUAUUCUAGGACAAUAGGCACUAAUCAGUCUUGAAUCCUCACAACAUAAAUGUGACUCCUGACUCCACUGAUCGUUUCUUUGUCUUCAUUUUCAAGAUAUCAUGCUAUCAUGCUAUUAUCAAGCAAAAUUUUGAUUAGAAUCAAAAUUAAGGGUCAAUGAAGGUUUUUGUUUGUAUCUUCAGCAUAGGUUUUAAUCAGUUUUAAGAAAGUUUAUUUUCUUUAUGUGGCAUCUUUUUUAUUUUGUAUCCACACUGGCUUUGCCAAGUUUCUCUUCUGAGAAAUUAGCUCUGAGAAAUUUUACUAUCAUGAUCCAUCUUCCACAGCCAUUAUUUAGGUUCAACUCAAGAAUAUAAAUAGCUUAUUAAUUUAUAGUGGGUGAGGAUACAUCUCUAAGGAUAAAAUUUACAAUAUCAAUGACAGAAGAACAUGUUAUCUAUCUACCAAACUAUAUAUAUGUAUCUUUUUUCUUUAUUGCUCUUAUUUAUUUCUUCACACUGUGAGUUACUUUAUGUCCAUCUUAUUGCAGUACUUACUCUCCUCUACCUUGGACCUUUGGCUUAUAAAUAUGUUUAAAAGUUUGCAAAGAAGUCUUAAACAACUGAUUCAACACCUUGAAUCGCCCUCGUGGGAAUAGGAAAGGAGAAUUAUUUAUAGAGUCAUCCCAUAUAAUUUUUUGAGAAUUUGCUGUUCUUACCUAGUAUUUAUGUUUAUAGAUAAUUGCUUUCUGCAUUAUUUAUUAGAUACUAUUUAUUUAAUUUAUUUUCCCCCUUUUAUGUUUAAAUUUUAGUCCCAUAGAUAUAUCCUUAAAGCCUCAGUGGGAAAGUAGCUUAUAAGUUUGGACUGAGAGAAAAGGAGAAAUUGGUUCUUGAUUGCUUGUGAUGCUUUUAUUAAAAAAGAGCAAUAAUUUGAAUAGCUAUGCAAAUUAACGGCUUUAGAUUUUUUCUUUUGAGGCACAACAGAGUUACAUUUUUAUUUAUGCCUUUAGAGAAUGGAGUACAUGUGAACCAAGACUAUAUAAACCUGUGAAGAAAGAUUUUAUAAUUGAAUACAAAUUUAGUACUGUACCAUGCUUGGAAAGAACUCGUUCUUUAAAUAAUGUCUAGUCUUCUGAGAAUGUUUUUAGAUAAAAAUGAAGCAAUUGUUUAAAAGAAAUGACUGUUUUCUCUCCCUUUUCCAGUAAUAAAGCUUUGAGUGUUCUUA